UUUGUUUUCUGCUUCGAUUUCCUGUUAUAAAUACUUGAUUUUUUUUACUUGAGAAGACUGUGAAUCAUAUACAUUACUCAAAACCUAAAAAGAUGAUUUUUUUUUUGUCUGGGUUGUUCAAAACGUGAGUUUUAAGUAGCUAAAUCGAUGGAUCCUCUAUACUCAUGUUUCCUGCGUUUGAUUAUGGCAGCUUUAAGAUGGAGAAGAAUCAACAAAAGCAGGAAUUUCUAGCUGAGACCUCAGCGAUGAACAACAACGACUGUUCUGAACAAGAACAACCACAACAACGAUUUGUGUGGCCAUGGGUUGGUCUUGUAGCCAACAUACCAACGGAGGUUGAACAAUCUGGUCGGAGAGUAGGCAAAAGCGGUUCUACGUUACGUGAUGAGUUCACUCUGAAAGGGUUUAAUCCUACAAGAGUCCAACCCAUUUGGAAUUUCAAGGGACAUUCUGGUUUUGCUUUGGUUGAAUUCACUAAAGAUUUCGAAGGAUUUGAAUGCGCCAUGAAAUUUGAAAGGAGUUUUGAAACAGACCGUCAUGGGAAGAGAGAUUGGGAAAAUGGUAUUCGCUUGAGAGAUAAUAAGCUCUAUGGAUGGGUUGCGAGAGAGGAUGAUUAUAAUCGAAGUGAUAUUGUUGGGAAGAAUGUCAAGAAGAAGAGAGAUUUGAAAAGUAUUGUGCAGAUUAUGGAAGAAGACGAGAGGAAAAUGGUUCAUCUAGUUGAGAAUAUGUCUCAGUCGAUUGAGAUGAAUAAGCAAUGUAAACAAGAGCUUGAACAGAAAGUUGAUGAGACUUCUCGUUUCCUAGAGAGUUUGGAAUUGCAUAACGUUCUGUUAAACAAAACCUACCAAGAAGGGAUUGAGAAGAUGCAGAUGAAUAUGGAAGAGUUGUAUCAACAGGUUCUGGGUGGACAUGAAAAGUCUUUGGCAGAACUGGAGGCAAAGAGGGAGAAGCUGGACGAGCGUGCAAGACUGAUCGAGCAACGGGCAACCAUAAACGAAGAAGAGAUGGAAAAAUCCAGACUUGAAAGAGAAAUGAAUCAAAAGGCUAUGUGGGAGCAGAAUGAAGCGAAUGAGGAAGCUAUGAAACUUGCAGAAAAGCACCAGAAAGAGAAGGAGAAGCUUCAUAAAAGAAUAAUGGAAAUGGAAGCGAAGCUAAAUGAAACGCAAGAGCUGGAGUUGGAGAUAGAGAAGCUGAAAGGUACUACCAAUGUAAUGAAGCAUAUGGUGGGGAGUGAUGGAGAUGAAGAUAUUGUGAAGAAGAUGGCCAAAACUCAGAUAGAGCUUGAUGCUCGAGAAACAGCUCUCCAUGACAAAAUGAUGACUCUGACAGAAAAAGAACGUAUGACCAACGAUGAGUAUCAAGACGCUCGUAAAGAGAUGAUUCAGGUAUGGAAUGCAAAUGAAGAAUUGAUGAAGCAAGAGAAGAUUAGAGUGAAGAGAAUGGGGCAAUUAAACCCUGAACCCUUCUUGCCUGCAGUGAUGAAGAAACAUAAAGUUACACAAUCAAGAGCAGAGAUUAAGGCUAUGCAGCUGUGUUCAGUGUGGGAAGCAAACAUAGGAGAUGUGCAAUGGACCCCAUUUAGAGUCGAUGAGUCUGAUGGAACAGCAAAGGUCUGGACUCUUAACUUAGGAGUCUAAUUUCAAAUCUCAAAA